CAAAACUGAUUUUUUUGGACUCAAGUGGAAGACAUGAUAGAGCUUCCGAUUCUAGCUUUACUUGAUCGAUCUAGAAACGGGAUUAUUCGUGUGGUUUUUGUUGCCUACAAUGAGCUUGAAGACUUGCUUACAAUACCCAACCAACGAUCAGUAGUAGAGAUUGUGGAUAAACCCAAAUCCCUUGUGAUCAACUCUCGCGUGCUAUCGGCAUCACUGAAUCAAUACGGAACCCAAAACCUAAACCUACCAGUGAAAUUAACUUUUAGGCAUAUCCAGGAAGAGAACGUGACUAAUCUAUGCUGUGUAUUCUGGGAUUUUUCAUCAAGACAGAUGAAACGGAUGUCCUUCCAAAACUUUCCAUCUGGUGUGGAUGUGUUGUAUCAAUCGGAUGCUUAGCCGUAACGUUAAUUAUCUUAUUCCUAAUCAGCUGGACUUCUGCACUACUUUGUGCUACAAGUGUUCGUAUGGACACUAGCGGAUGCUGUCCAUUUAUUACUUCUUGUCUGUGAUAACAACCUGUCAUGGCUGGGCUGGUAUUGUGGAGCUAGUUACGUGGUUCCUAUCCUUAUUAUUGAAGUGGCUACG